AUUGGUGGCAUGAGUAGGAGGCUAGGCGGCAUUGUUGGUGUUAUUGGUCUUUCUGCCGGCUUUGGCGGUGAACCUGGGGAGUUUGAGGUUGUUUUUGAAUGAUUGUUCGUGGCCACCUCCCCAUCAAGCCACUCCCACGUUGUAGUUGUUGUUACUCUUCUCAUUUUUAUAGCCGGUACGUAAUAAAUGAGCAACAUUCUUCCCAAGUUCUUUCCAUACAUCACCAUGAUUAAUCCGGGCCACAUCAUCUACGGACAAAGGAGAGAUGCCCUGGAUCACUCCAAGACUACCCACAGGUUGCCCUUGCCACCGGAGGACUUUGGCGAGACUAACAUGGGAAAAUUAUAUAUUGAUAUCUUCAAUUGGUUGUCCGUCCGCAAUGAUGAAGAUGAAAAAUUGGACCACGAUCCGGUUAUUGUCUACACGACCCCAGAGCUAAUGCCGGUGGUAAAGUCUCGCUUCCGUUAUCUGGCAUCCGAGGCCGAAAUCGACGAAGAUGAGCGAAAUAUUAUGGUGUAUGACAUCUACCAUUUGUUCAACACCUUGAAGAAGAGUGUAUUGGACGUGUCUGGGGUUACGAACGAUCGGAUCAUCUUCCAUAUGACAAACAACUUUUUUGUCAAAGACUUUUUUGAAUUUACUGAAGGGAUUGCGUGCGAUUUAAGUUUAAAAUUUAAGAUAUUUAUAGUUUUUAUCAAUUGCUAA